ACGCGCGCGCAAUCCCGGUGCAGAAGCCCAACAUCGCGUUCCCCAAUUCCGUGCCGAUCGAGCAUCCUUCCACUCAACAUUCCAGUACGCUCAACUACCUUGCGCCAAAUCCACAACUUCGCGGGGCCUAUUUACCUCCACCUCAACUGACAAUGCGUGUGCUCCAACUACAGUGAAUUAAUCUCGAGUCCCGACAAGAAUGGAGACCGAGUCGCCCCUCUCUACGCCCCAGCCUGGUUUGGCCACCCAGAGCGAUGCCUCCCCCUCAACCGAUCGGAGAAAAUCUGGCCGCGUAACGCGCAGACCUGAACUCUACUCACAAAGCUACAGCGCCAGCAAUGGUGCGACGACCAGUGGGGCUAAACGCAAGCGGACCGCGACCGGCGACAGUAACGAUGAGGACGAAGAAGGCGAGCAGAGCGACGACCAUGCGUCAGAAUCCGACGACAUCGACUCCCCCGAUGAAGAGCCUGACGAGGAAGAAAUCAGAGAGAAGAGGCGCGCCGCGCGCAAGGCGUCCACGAAAAAGCAGACGUCUGGUGCGUCACGCUCGAAGUCGACCAAAUCUCACUCGGCGCGAUCCGCCAAGAAACCCAAGGUCGCUGCUACUGCUGGCAAUGGCAUUGGCCGUCAGCUGGCCUUGCGACCGGCAGCGAACGGCAAACGGCCGCGGCCCAAGCAGAUGAAGGCGCGGUUAACCAUGGCCGCUCGGCAAGGCGGUCUUUACGCGGAGAUCUUCGGAAAGGGCCGUGAUGUGGAAACGGUCGCAGCGGAGUGGCUUACCUCAUACCAAGAGGAUCAGUCGGAGGCCUUGACUGACCUAGUUAACAUGAUGCUCAGGUGCUCCGGAACCGACCUUGAUGUUGAUACUCUCGACAUUGAGGACGUGGACAACGCCCCGACUCGGAUCGCAGACUUGGCGACUCGGUACGAUGCGGUGGGAAUCUCGGAGUAUCCCCUUAUAUCGAAAUCCCGGAAAUUGAGGUCUUUUCAACCCGUCCUCGAAAGCUUCUUCAUGGCCCUGACCCAGACCCUGCAUCACUCUUCUGUCCUGUAUACCGACCCGAACUUGUUUGAAAAUCUGCUUGUCUGGAUUGCCGGAUUCUCCACGAGCCGAUGCCGACCAUUCAGACACACGGCAGUCGUCAUAUCCAUGGCAAUCAUGAACGCCUUCUGUGAUCUCGCCCGGGAGCUCACGACUUUGGUCUCAACAUCUCGCAAGCAACUCGAAAGUGAAAAGAAGAAGAAGACGGUGAACAAGGGAAGAGCCGACGCUAUCGCGUCAGCUAUAGAAGACAACGAACAGAAGAUCGAGUUGAUCGAUGAUGCUCUGAAAGAUUGGUUUAAUAUCAUCUUUGUGCAUCGGUACCGGGAUGUUGACCCCCACAUUCGCACCUUAUGCAUGAUUUCUCUAGGACGGUGGAUACGCACAUAUCGUGAAUAUUUCUUCGAAACUCAAUUUCUCCAUUAUUUUGGCUGGAUUCUCGCCGACGACUCUCCUCAGGCACGCCUCGCCGCCGUCAAUCAAUUGCGCGAUAUCUAUGGGAACAAAGACAAUGUUGCGGGGGUACGAGGAUUCAACCAAAGUUCCCGGCAACGGUUGGUCGAGAUGGCCGCUCACGAUGCAGAAGUCACAGUGCGUGCCGCCGUUAUUGAGCUACUCGACCUCGCCCGCGAGAUCGGGUUGAUCGAGCCGGCCGAUAUCGACACUGUUGGUAAACUGGUUUUUGAUAACGAGGCGCGCGUGCGUAAAGCAGCUGGCCGGUUCUUCGUUGCCAAUGUUGAAGACGUGUUUGACUCUACUCUGGAGGAACUCGGCGAAGAAGCGAACGAACUAUUUGGCGACGAAGAUGAGGAUGACUUUGAAUCACCAAAGCGUUCUUGGAUCAAGUACAAGUGCCUGGCCGACAUCCUUCAAGCUUACGACAACCUGGAGACCGAAGAACAUCGAGAGGAGCCUUCAACCCCACCACGCGACGCCCUCCUGGGCGCCUCAAUGGAAACCCGAUUCGUUUUAGCUACAGAGGCCAUCUAUCCCCACUGUAGUGACCUCUCUCAGUGGCAGUCUCUAGCUGGGUAUCUCCUUUACGAUCAUUCUCAAAUUCCCGACGAAGCCGCAGAGGAUGACACCGCCGCCUCGGUCCGACAAGCUUACAAGAUGCAAGAAGGCCAGGAAGUGAUUCUCCUUGAGGUCCUAUGCAGUGCUGUGAAGCUGCGCGUUCUUGAUAUCGCCAAAUCUGACAUUGACAAACGAGGCCGAAAAGUCAAGGCACUGACCGAUAAGAUCCCAGAGUUGCAGGAAGAGAUUGCGCACAGCCUGGCACAGAUUAUUCCACAACUUCUGAAUAAGUUCGGCUCGGUACCAGAGGCUGCCACUGCUGUCCUUAGACUCGAGCAUCUGGUUGAUCUUGGCAAGAUUGAAGACAUUCAAAAAGAUGCAGCAGCGUAUACCUCCUUGUUAAAUGACAUCAACAAGCAGUUUCUCACUCACUCGGAUCGGGAUGUUCUGGCUGAAGCCAGCAUCGCAUUCUUGCACGCUAAAAGUUCUGAUGACAUGCGGGAGGCUUUGGAGGGCAAAGUCCAGGAACUAUGGGACAAUAUGAUCGACACUCUGAGUACAUUGUCUCGGAAGGAGGAACUUGCGGAGGGCAGCUCGAUAGCUCCGGCCACUCUCAACGAAUUGAUCAAUACAGUAACCAGAAUCUCCAAUCUGGCCAGCAUCAUUGACUGCACUCACGUUCUGGAAACGAUGCCAUCCACCCGGGCCAGGGGAAAGAGUAAAGACUUUGCGGAGGCUCCGUUCAAUACCUUUCUGCACCUUGUCGAACGUGGUCUUCGUGCAGAGGAAGAUGACGAAGAACUGGCCAAGGCGGAAACGGAAUUGGUGGUCAACUCUAUUAGGACGCUACUUUUCUACUUCAUGUGGAAAGUCCACUCAUUGGUUUCGACUCUCAAUGCCGGCAAGGCAGCCUUCAACACCGCGUUCUUCGAGGCCUUGACCAAGGGCCGUGAGAUGUUCGUUGCAGCGUUGACUGCUAUCAUGAAGCGUCGCUCGGGUCUAGACGAGAUCCGCUUCUGCGCAGCCACGACCCUGUUAGACCUCCAGACCUUAUUCGGCACCCUCCGCCAUGCUGGGCUAGGCGUAGGCAACGAUGAAGACACCAUCUUCCAGACGCAAAGCUUAGUCCACGAAAUCGGGGCCGAGCCCAAAGCCUUGAUCACCAGGAUCCACGGAAUCGCGGAACGGACUUAUGCCCGGAAAAUCCGCGUGAUGCUCGAACCCGCCGAUGAUGACGAGCCUUUGUCCGAUGAUGAUAUUCAGAGAGCACCGGUAGACGAGGAUGAGGAGGAGGAAGAGGAGGAGGACGCCGAUCAACCUCUUGACGAUGAGCGUCUCCGAUUGAGCAUCCUGGCCGAGCAGCGGCUGUGCGAGCUGACCGGAAAGAUCGUCCUUGCAAUUGUAGGCCGCAUUCUUGACGCAUCUGGCUCGGAUCAGGGACAAUUACGGAAGCGACUCCUUCACCAUAAGGCCAAGCUAGGCCGAAAUUACCGCGAGGUCCUGGCCUUCCUUGAGGACCGCAAGCCUAAGAGCGCUACUUCACGAGCCACGCCCGCGCAGUCCAGGGCGAAACAAUCCGCCCCUGCCCGACCCGCCGCUGAGAAGUCCCGCAACGGUGGCUCAACUAGCACCAACGAUAAUAAACUGCGUAGCAAAAACACCGCCAAAUCCGCAGAGAGGAUACGAGACGACGAUGAAGAGCAAGCGGUAGAGGAAGAAGAGGAGGAGGAGGAAGAGGAAGAGGAAGAGGUAGCAAACGAGCACGGCUCCGAAGACGGCGAAGACGAUCUCCGAGCCCGAGGGCUCGUUGAGGAAGCAAACAUCGACGAUGAGGAUGCAAACCCGGCUUCUGACCCGGACGAUGAGGACGAAGUCAUGGGUGAUUGAAGAUGAGAUUGAUCGUGUGUUCCUUACGAAUAACUGCCCCCGCUCCUAAUGUUCUUACUUUUUCCCUCUCCUUCAUGUAUGUUCAUAUUUUCAUCUGCUACCUUUUUUUUUUUUACUUUCUGUCUGGAAGGCAAUGUUCAGAGGCAAAAUCUCUCCGGGUUUUUUUUUUCCUUUU